AUGAAUGAUUCUUCAGGAGAUAACUGGCUUAAUCCGUUUGAUGACGAGCUUUAUAUCAUCGAUGAGGAUGAUAGUCUGAAUUCUAGCCCUGCCAACGGUUUGAAGCAGGGUGUGAAUGAAGGGGAUAAUGAUGGGGAAAAUUUUGUGGAUGUCGAUGAGAUGUUUGAAACUGGAAAUGACAGUCAAAAAAACUCUGAUGUAGAAGUUAAAGUCAUGAAAAGGAUUACUGAAUUGUCUGCAGACGACAUUAGAGGGAUGGAUUUCUCUUCUGAGGAGGAAGCAUGUGAAUUCUAUUCUAAAUAUGCUCGUAUCCGUGGAUUCUCUCCAAGAAAAGAUGAUGUAUACAAGGAUGAUGAUGGCAAGAUUAUCUCACGACAGGUGGUGUGCAAUAGGGCUGGACAAAGGCAUCAGAAGCAUAUGCAUAAUAGUGGCAGAAGAAAACAACCUAAGCCUAUUACUAGAGUGGGUUGCCUUGCUAGAAUUCGAUUUCGUUGUUUUUCUAGCAGUAAAAGGUGGAAAGUGGUUUUUUUUUGCGAUGAACACAAUCACCCAUUAACACCAUAUAAGCAUGUUCAUUUGAUUCCAAAACUCCGGCAAUUGAGUGAAGGGGACAAAGCUCAAGCAGAAAAGGUAUGA